AUGGACGACGGCCUCGAACUCAACUUUGCUGCGCCGUCUGACGGUGGACUGAAGCGGCAGCUGGCACCGAAGAAGGGCGGACGGUGGACUGAACGUGUGAAGGCGAAGCAGGCAGCGAGGCGGGUGGUGAAGGCGUACGAGGGCGGCAAGGGCCAGCCAGCACCGACAUCAGCCAAGACUACCCAGGCGCCCACGCCUGCACCUAGACUCGCUCGGCCUGAUGUUGUUACUCCUACAUAUGCCAAGUCGAAGCCUGUCGUGCGACCCACCAAGCCGGCUCCGCACGCACCCCUGAUCCCCGCCCCGAAGAAGGCCAAGACCCCGCAAGUUGAGCAGGAGAACGACGCGUCUUCCGAGGCCGGACCCUCGCGCCUCCCAUUGGAGGUAGAAAAGGCCGCGCCCAAGGGCUCGCAGAUCAUCUCGUCCCUCUUCACGGGCAACCCCCUCCUCCCCCGCGUGCAGGCGUCAGAGGUCGCUGUCGGGGCGCCCUCUAACGCACCCCUCGACACUAGCACGUUCAAGGGCCUCGGGCUGGAUCCUCUUCUGGUGCACCACCUCCAGACCAAGAUGGGGAUCAAGGCGCCUACGGGUAUCCAGAAGGCGUGCCUCCCGUACACGCUCAGCCACCCUCUCGACAUUGACGCGCGGGCUGGCAAAAACGACGACGAUGACGAAGAUGAGGACGAGGCGAAAGCACCCGAAGUGGCGGCGCCGGGACCGCGCGACGUGUUUAUCCAGUCCCAGACGGGUUCGGGUAAGACGCUCUCGUUCGUCCUCCCGAUUAUCCAGGCACUUCUCCCCCUCUCGAAGCUCAGUUACAUCGACCGCUCGAUCGGAACACUCGCCAUCAUCCUCGCUCCGACGCGCGAGUUGGCACAACAGAUCGCCAAGGUUGUCGAGAGCAUCCUCACCAUGGCAUUGUCUCUCGCCGACGACGAGGAGGACAGGGGAUACACGCGGUGGCUCGUCUCUGGUCUCUUGGUGGGUGGCGGCACUAGGACACACGACAAGGCGCGCCUGCGCAAGGGCGUGCCCAUCCUCGUUGCGACACCUGGUCGUCUCCUGGAUCACCUGCAGAACACGAGCUCGUUCCAAUGCGCCAAGACCAUGUUCCUCGUCCUCGAUGAGGCCGACCGCCUCAUGGACCUCGGCUUCGAGGAGACGAUCCAGGGCAUCCUGAAGGCUCUGGACGGGAGGCGACGUAAUGAGAUGAACGCCGAACGUGAGGGUGAAGCCGGUAUGAUGCGCUGGCCGUACUGGAACCGCGGGCGACAAACCGUGCUCUGUUCCGCUACUGUGGAUGCCAAGGUCGAGCGCCUUGCUGGCAUGACCCUCCGCGACCCGGUCACGUUCCGUCCUAGCGAGAAGGAGAAGCGCCUCGACCCGGCUGUCGUCAAGGCGCUAGAGGCUGCCGGGGAGAUCGAGAUCCCCGACGCCGACGAGAAGUUUACGCCUCCAUCCCAGCUCGCGCAGCGGUACGUUGUUGCGCCUACCAAGCUGCGGCUUGUGGCGCUCGUGGCGCUGCUGCGCUCGCUGGUGGGUAAGGACAAGGUCGAUACGAGCGAGGACGGGACAAAGGUCAUUGUGUUCCUCAGCUCGACGGACGCGGUUGACUAUCAUUUCCGUCUCCUGGCAGGAGUGACGAUGGGCGCACCAGCACCAGCGCCGGAAGAGGACGAGGACGAGGAAGAAAGUACCGACGAGGCGUCGGACAGCGAGGGCGAGGGUGAGGCAAAGUCCAAGGCCAAGCCCAAGCCCAAGGCGAAGAUACCCAAGGCCAAGCCCGACAGCGAUACUAUCACUCUCACAUCCGCUCUCUUGCCGCACACCACAAUCCACAGACUGCACGGCUCUCUGCCUCUGCGCACCCGUCUCGCCUCGCUCAAGGCGUUCGCAACGCCAUCAACCGAGUCAUCCAUCCUCCUCGCGACGUCCGUCGCGUCUCGUGGUCUGGACCUGCCUCUUGUUCGCGCCGUCGUUCAGUACGACCUUCCAACGGAAGGCGGCGCCAGCGAGUACGUCCACCGUGUGGGGCGUACCGCGCGUGCCGGUGCCGGCGGUGAGGCGUGGGCUUUCGUGGCGCCUGCCGAGGCCGAGUGGGUUGGGUGGGUUGAGGGCAAGAUGGGCGCGGCGACCAAGGACGAGGGGAGCGUGCGGCUCCAGCAGGUCGGGGUAGAGGAUGUGUUGCGGAAGGGCUUUGGAGGUCGGGGACACGAGUACGAGGCUCGCGCAACGGACGUUCAGAUGGCACUUGAACGAUGGGUCCUGGGAGACGACAAGAACGCGGCGCUCGCGCGCAAGGCCUUUGCCUCCUUUGUUCGCGCGUACUCUACGCAUCCGCUCGAAGAACGCCGCUUCUUCCACGUCAAAACCCUGCAUCUCGGCCACCUGGCCAAGGCCUUUGCCCUCCGCGAGGCGCCGGGCAGUAUCGCCGCAACCGCAAAGCCGAAGAAGGAGAAGGCGAGGCUUCCUGGCGGGAAGCGGAAACGCGCAGAUAGUGACGACGAGGAGGUCAAGGGCGGCAAGGAGACGACCGCGCGCAACGAAACUGAGAGGCGCAUGUACGAGGCGGUGCGUAAGCAGGGUCGUCUCGUCAAGGCUGGCGGGGUGCUCGCGGCAACGGGCAGUGACUUCCAGGUCGCAGACACGAAGGCGUUGGAGAAGAUGGUGUCUCGGCGGCGUUAG